GGACUGAAGAGUCCAAACUGCAACCUGGAAACUCUCAGCUUAUCAGGCUGUUUGAUCUCAGAGGAAGGCUGUGCUUCUCUGGCCUCAGCUCUGACCUUUAACCCCUCCCAUUUGAAAGAGUUGGACCUGAGCUACAAUCAUCCAGGAGACUCGGGAGUGAAGCUGCUGUCGGCUGGACUGAAGGAUCCAGACUGGAGACUGGAAGCUCUCAGGGUGGAGCCUGCUGGAGGCCGAUUCUUGACACCAGGUCUGAGGAAGUAUUCCUGUCAACUCACUAUCGACAGAAACACAGUGAACAGAAAACUCAAACUGUCUGAAGACAACAGGAAGGUGACAUAUGWGGARCUUCAGUCAUAUCCUGAUCAUCCAGACAGAUUUGAUUAUAAUCAUCAGCUGCUGUGUAGAACUGGUCUGACUGGUCGCUGUUACUGGGAGGUCGAGUGGAGAGGAUAUGUUGAAAUAUCAGUGAGUUACAGAAGAAUCAGGAGGAAAGGAAACAGUGAUGACUGUGUGUUUGGAGGGAAUGAUCAUUCCUGGAGUCUGAGCUGCUCUGAUCGUAAAGGUUUCUCUGUCUGGCACAAUAACAUUCAAACUCGUCUCUCCUCCUCUGUCUCUAACAGAGUAUCAGUGUAUGUGGACUGUCCUGCUGGAAUUCUGUCCUUCUACAGAGUCUCCUCUGACUCACUGAUCCUCCUCCACACCUUCAACACCACAUUCACUGAACCUCUGAUUCCUGGAUUCUGGUCCAGUUCUGGUUCCUCUUCAGUGUUUCUUUGCUGAUUUGAAUCUAAAGAGUAAAGAUUUUCCUCCUGUCAGAGAAACUCUCAGUGUUGAACAGAUAGUUCAUCUAUACAAUCAGGGUUUCCCCCAGAAAACUUGCUAAGCCCUGUGGUCAGGGCGGUCCACCAUGUUUUUGUAUUAAAAGA